UGCUGGGAAAAUUUGGUUGUGCCCCUGCUUUCCGAGUAAUAAUGAGAUUGAUAUUUGCAUUUCCUUACUUCUGUCUUAGUUUAUAGCCUUUUUUGCAUCCAAUUUGCUCUGGAAUGACUCCCUUUUGCACUUCAUGACUAAAUUUUAGUGGACGCAUAUCUAUUAAAAAUAAUUUCACUUUGAAAAUUGCUGUGGAAUUUGUUUAAUCUGUGAGUCUACCCUUUUCAUUUGUUGUUGUUUAUAUUUUUGGAUACCAUUUUUAUGAAUUUGAAGCUAAAUUGUAAGUUCUUAUAAUGAUUUGUUUAAAUUCUUGUUCAAAUUCUGCUAUCUACUGUUAAUUCUUCUCUGAAUUCUUGUUUUUAGUUGGGUUAUCUGUUGUGAUUUGUUUUUAUUUAUACUAUGGCAUCUAUUGGAAUUGGGCUUUGGGAUUGGACUGGGUGGGAGAGAACUAGUUGCUUAGCCUCAAUACCCUGUCAUUUCCAGCACAUUGCUGGUAUAUUCAUGAAUAUGAGUUCAGGUUAUUUGUAGCUAUGAUACAGACUACAGAGUGUCCUCUUAUUUGCCAACUGUUCAUGUUAUUACCAAUUGUUUCCUGCUGAGCAAGAUAAUGAUGUGCUAAAGAAUGCAUAUUGGUGUGGAUUAUACAUCCCGUGUUUUUUUUUUUUUUUGGGCACAGGGUGUUAAUUCUUGAUGAGCAGCAGGGUGUUUGGACAAUGUAUGUGAUAAGUGUGUUUUUAAGGUUCAUAAUGGGAAUAAAAGGCCAGUUGAAUUCUUGGCCAAUAACUAAUUAUGUAUAUUUUUUGAUUGAGGUAGAAUCUAGAGGUUUUUUGAGAACUAAUGGGUGCUAGUGGUACUUGAAUUUGUUUUAUAUUCUCUUGGAAUAUAUUCAAUUAUUAAUUUUCUGUUUGGGAAUGAAAAUGAGGGAGCAAAGAAAAUAAGAGAGGAAAAUAUGAAAAGAUUUCUUCAUUUAUUGUCCCUCAUCUUGUUUGGAUCUUAUUUUCUCUCCAAAUUGGAGAGUCUCAAAUUAGGUGGGCCCAAGGGAAAAGUUGAGUUUAUUUUCCUCCUACUUUCUCAAAAAACAGAAUUCUCUUUCCUCUUCUUAUUUUUCCACUUAUUAUUUUCCUUCCCUCCAUACUUUCCACCCUCCCAAGAAAGUGUGGGUCUCCUUAAUCUGCAUGGGCAGAAAAGUUCAGUUUCAGUUGAACAAACCGACCUAACCCAACUCACAAUUUUGCUGUCAGAUCGGAUUGUAGUGCAAAUCCUCAACCAAAUGAGGUAGGGUCGGAUUUCAAGUUGAUUAGGAGAGUCCUAUACGGUGCCUUUUUUUCUUCAUUGGUUUUAAGUGCAAGGAAAAAUCCUUUGAAUAAGAAUGUGUUAUCCUCCCUGUUUGAUAAAAUUCCUAUGAAAGAGAAUGACAAAGUGGUGAAUUGUGAUUGUUUGCAUUCUUACCAGUCAUUCUCAAAGCUUGAAAUGUUAUCUUAUGGGCUUGUAAAUUUUAUGUUUCUAUAUCAUACGCCAUAUUUCCAUUAGGUUUAGGUACUUGUCAUUGAAAAGCUCUGUCUAUUUUUUAGUGAUAUUGAACUUUGUCAGCAUGACAAUCAAAAUUAAAAAGUAAGCCAUUUUCUCAAAAAAAUGUUUUAUGCAGAGAAGUUAUUUUCUGAAGAACAAAUGGACCUAAGUAUAAUUUUCUAACAUCACUUUUUCGCUUUAAGCUUCCAUAUUUAUAAAGUCAUAGGCUAUAAAUCAUACCAUUGUCUUGUGAAGGCAUGUCUCACCUUUGCCAAUGAUCUUUCAUGAGCAUUUUUCCUAGAGGUAAAACUCCAUGGUUUCAGCCAAGCUACUAGCUGAAUUUCAUAGAACCUCAAUAAUCUGAUCUAUCUUCAUAUGCUUAAAUUGAAUUAAAAGGAAAAGAAUUCCAAUAUGUUAGAUGUAUUUAAGAUUUCAGAAAAAAUAUUAUUAAAAGAUAAUAUUGCAAGUGUAGUUCAUUAUUUUUUAUUAGCUUAGUUGGCUAUAUUAACAGCCCCAAAACUCCUAUAACAUUUUUUGAGCAUGAAAAGUGUAGUGAUAGCAUCAAUGUAGCAAAUAGAAACUGUCUCUCAUUGUCACUUUUUCAGCACAUGAAAUGGCCUAUUUAGAACAAAAUCGAAAAAUGAGAUUUCUUUUUCAACUUGUUAAUAUAUCACCUUCUUCUUCUUCUUCUUACUCUUUCUUAUUAUCUCCUUGGUUUUGUUUACUCCAAAGAAUUUUAUGUUUGAAUUUCAAAAUUCAUUGGGGUCAAUUUUGUGGUUUGCUCAACCUGUAGUCCCUGCCUUUAGGAGAAGUGGAAGGACUUCAGAGGAGGGGUGCCCUUUGCCCUAGGAAAUAAAGAGGAAGAUGGAACCAGAGGUGAUGAAAGCGGAGCUAGUGUUGCCAACACAUUUGAGCUUCAAGAGGGUACAAAUGUACGAGAAGUACCCAAAAGGCCAAGCAAGAGGUCGCCAUUGGAAACAUCUAAAGCAGAUUCUUCAGGCUGAGAAUUUCCAAAACUACCUUGCUGAUGAACCCAAUUAUGUUAAUAUUGAGUCCUCACCCUCAAUGCAUCCAUGCAAGAGAAUCUGUGACAUAACUGGAUUUGAGGCACCUUACUUUGAUCCAAGAACCAACCUGCGCUAUGCCAGUGCUGAUAUCUUCAAGAUUGUAAGAUCACUUCCAAGUGAAUAUGUGCAGAGGUAUCUGGCACUGAGAAAUGCAGCAGUUGUUCUGAAAUGAAGCAUUCGCCGGAAACAAUGAUGUAAUGCAUAGAAAAUGAACAGGAUGAGUUACUGUAGCACUUGCAGAAUUUGAAAGAUUGUUCUUUUUUUUUUUUUUUGCGAUCAAUCAACACAUUCAUGUAAAUUUCACUGUGAUCAGAGAGCUUUAUUCACACA